ACAAUGGCCGUAUAUUAUGAUUAUGAUUAUCUACAGUGUAUUGUCAUUUUUCUUUUCGAAUACCCAGUUCAAGACUUUUUUCCCUCCAAAUUAUGAAGAAAGAACGCCAGGUGCUCGAAAAAAUGCCCAAGAGAGACUCCGCCACUACCACUGUGCCAUGUACGCCGCCUCGAAGGUCUCCUAGAAUUCUUGUGAAGAGCGAGAAGAUUAGGGGGGCGGUGCAAGUUCCUCCACUGACACCUCAAAAAUCCCCCAGACUCAUUCCUCAGAAAAGUUUCUCCCAAGUUCCGAAAUCCUCAAAGUCCAGAAGCAAUAGGGUAAGCUCUUUGGACCUUUCAGAUACCAUUUCGAAGAAACUAAGUAAACUCAGUAAUGGGUUGAGAAAUUGUGGAGGUUCCACCUGUGGAUCGAAACGUUCUGCGACAUUGAUCAAUGGGUUUGAUGGAUUUUCUAAUCUCAGAAGAUCUACCCGAAUUUCUGAGAAGAGAAAUGCCGUAGGAUAUGGAAGUAAAGAUUCCGGGGGAAAAGGGGGAGAAUUUGAUUACGAGGAUAGUAGUUGUGAGAAUUUGAGUUCAAGGGUGAUAAAAUCUUUAAAGAACGAUGGCGUGGAUAGGUUUCAAAAUAGACGAUCUCGGAGGCUCUCGAAUCGUUGUGAGGGGAUUACUGAACACACAGAGAAGACUAACCGAGAUAAUGAUUGCCGCCUUGUGUCGAAUUCAGUGACUAAGGAGGAGGCAUUAGACCCUGGGAAAGGAAAUGUAAGAGUGAAUUCGGAUGAAAACUUGUUGGACAAAGGAAAAAGGUCAACGAAGAGAGAAGACAAAGAAUCAGAUGGUGAGUGUAGAGUGGUUAAAGAACACACAAAGAAGACUAACGGAAAUGGUCACCGCCUUUUGUCAAAUGCAGUGAGUAAGGAGGAGGCAUUAGACACUGGGAAAGGAAAUGUAAGAGUGAAUUCGGGUAGAAACUUGUUGGACAAAGGAAAAAGUUCGACGGAGGAAGAAGCCAAAGAAUCAGAUGGUGAGUGUAGAGGGGUUAAUGCUGGUAGGAAGAGAAAGCGAGAUGAAGAAGGUAAGGGGAAUGUUAAUGGGUGGAAUAAGGAUCAAGAAUUGGCAUUGCAAAGAGCUUAUUUAGCUGCAAAGCCAACUCCACACUUCUGGAAGAAGGUUUCAAAACUGGUGCCUGGAAAAUCAGCACAGGAAUGUUUUGACAAAGUCAACGCUGACCAUUUAACCCCGCCUCAACGUCAGCGCGGGGCCAAGAAAAGACGAAGUUUAUCACCUAUUCCUUCUCUUGAGCUCUCUGCAAGUAAAGUGCUUAAACCCUUCGAUCCGAAUCUCAAAAAGCAAAGUUACAAUAAUCAGAAGACUCGUGUUACACAAAAAAAUGUUAGGCAGUUAUUGAAAAAGCAUUAUAAUCAGAACCAAGAUCAUGAUGCUGAUCUUUUUUCAGUUCUUGAACCCAACUUGGAUUUAUCUACUCAAGCUCUCCAGCCUAAUGCUAUAUUUUCCACCCCAAAGAAUUUGCAGGGUAAACAAGGAUUACUUCAGAAAUAUAACGAGAGAUCUACUUCUGGCAAAAAGGUACCUCUAUCAAGAUUUAGUGGCUCGAAAAUGACAGCUCUUGCUAGUCCCCCAGUACUGAAGCAGGUAAAAAACAAGCUCUUACAUGAGAGGUAUAUCGAUCAAUUACAUAAUAGGGAUGCUAAGAGAAAAGUAGCAGCUGCUAAAAAGGCCACUUUGAAAAUAGAUGAUAGAAAAGAGGACAAUGUCAUGAAAAUGGAUGUGGUUAGAUCAGCAAAAAAUGCUUUGGUUUUUGAUGCUAGAGAGGCUAUCAGUAUGCUUCAAAACAUAAAGACAAACGCCAGGACUAACUCUUCUGAUUCGGAUGAUGAUAUCCUUAGAAGUGAUGAUGAUGAUGGUGAGAGUGAAAAUGGAGAUUAGUUUUUUCUUCCUUUUUCUUCACUUGAUUUGCAUGUAUCAACUAAUCUUUGUAUAAAUGCGAAUUGCUUUAGUGGUUUUGUUACCUUCUAAAACCUGAGAAAUCAUAUGCUUAGUUGCCUUAGUUUAAACAUAUAAAGUUGUCUUGUAUAGUUGUUUUGCA